CUUCGCUCCGCCUCUCCCACCACCACAUCUCGCUAUCCGCCAUGUCUACCACCGGCGACGACGUCUCGCUCGCGGGCCACGACGAGGAGCAGAUCCGGCUCAUGGAGGAGCGCUGCAUCGUGCUCGACCACGACGACCGCUACCUCCGCGACGGCAGCAAGAAGGAGUGCCACCUCAUGUCCAACAUCAACGACGGCCUCCUGCACCGCGCCUUCUCCGUCUUUCUCUUCGACCCCGACAGCGGCAAGCUGCUGCUGCAGCGCCGCGCAAAGGAGAAGAUCACCUUCCCCGACAUGUGGACGAACACGUGCUGCAGCCACCCGCUGGCGGUGCGGGCGGAGCUGGAGGAGCAGGAGCAGAUCGGCGUGCGUCGCGCAGCGCAGCGCAAGCUGGAGCACGAGCUCGGCAUCCCCACCUCCCAAGUCUCGCUCGAUGCCUUCCAGUACCUCACGCGCAUCCACUAUCUUGCGCCGAGCGAUGGCAUGUGGGGCGAGCAUGAGAUCGACUACAUUCUCUUCCUCACUGUGCCCGUCACGCUGGCGCCGAGUGAGAACGAGGUGUGCGACACCAAGUGGGUGACGCCCUCCGAGCUCAAGGCGCUGAUGGAGGAGCUGGACCCGGAGGCAUUCACGCCCUGGUUCAAGCUCAUCGCCGCGCGCUUCCUCUUCCCGUGGUGGCAGCAACUGCUGGACCGCCGCGAGGGCGGCAAGGGCAAGGUGGAUGCUCUGUCGCUCAAGGAUCUGCGGGACGACGAGAUCCACCGGAUGCUCUAGAUGUGCGCGACCGCAAGAGUCACAACAGGAAUAUACCCCCGCCAAUGCCGGCCAGUUGCUACACAUCACGCGUGAGGAGGGACGGUGCAAGAUGAUGCGUUGCAAAGUACGAUGACAGCAAGG